GAGGGGCACGGGUGUGUCUGAGGGAGCUGCAGGGGUCCCCUCCAACCCAACAGAUCUGAGUUUCCGUCUUUGAUCUACACAAGAAGCUGGAGUCCACAGGUUGCCCGUAUCUCAGCUGCAGCCUCAAUGUACUCCCCUUCCCUCUCCGCAGAGGACCUGGCGCUGCAGCUGGCCCUGGCCAUCCAACACGGCGACGAGGAGGCAGCCACACGCUGCGCCGUGGCCCUGGCCCGGCAGCAGGCCACGCUCAGCAUCCUGCUGAAGGAAUCCAAUUACCCCGAGGAUGAAAUCUGGUGUGAUGGCAGCGAGAGCGGGGCUGGUCUCUUCUCAGUGGUGACAGGGGACAGGGCGAGGGGAAACGGCCUCAAGCUGCGCCAGGGGAGGGUUAGAUCAAAGAACCACAACACGGGUGCUGGGCUCUGGGUGCCGAUCCGCUUUGUUUCUGGAGGUCACUGCUGCGUUGUAUCCGGCGCGGUGCGUCCCGUCGGCUCCAUCGCGGCGUGGCCAUGCCGCGGCCGUAAUGCGCUUGUUCCUCCUGCAGCCAACAGACACACGGACAUCGGUGACAUCAGCCAGCACCUGGAUACCAUGCAGCUCGGCGAUGUUUUUGGUCACCCGGCGGCACCCGCCGCCGCUUCUCUGCCCUCCCCGGUGCCGGCGGGCUGGUCGUGUCCGAAAUGCACCUACAUCAACAAACCCACGCGGCCCGGCUGCGAGAUGUGCAGCACCGACCGCCCUCCCGACUACGUGGUGCCCGGCGGCUACGAACCGGACGAGAUGGAGCUGUGGAGGAUGCAGCAGGAGCAGGAGGGGAUGCUGCAGUACCAGCAGACGCUGGAGGCGGAGCGGCUGCAGAACUUCCAACAGCUGCUGCAGCUGGAGCAGGAGGGGCUGGUGCCCAACCAGGAGGCGAUGGAGUGCCGCAUCUGCUACCAGCACCUCCCCCCGGGCCAGGGGGUGCUGCUGCGCGAGUGUCUGCACAGCUUCUGCCGGGACUGCUUGCGCCAGGUGAUCAACUACAGCGAGGAGCCGGCGGUGGCGUGCCCCUACCGCGACGACUCCUACGCCUGCAGCAGCCACCUCCAGGAGCGCGAGAUCCGCGCGGUCAGUGCCCAGAGCUCGGCCAGCGGGGCGAGGGAGGGGCUGCUUGGCCAGCGGUUGACCAGUGGUUGACCAGUGGUUGACCGUGAGCCAGCAGUCACCCAACCAUUGGCCAGCAGUUGACCAGUUUGUCACCAAUGGUUGAUCAGUUUGUCACCAAGGGUUGACCAACAGUUGGCCAACAGUUGACCGUGAGCCAGCAGUCACCCAACCGUUGACCAGUGGUUCACCAAUGGUUCACCAGUGGUUGACCAGUGGUUCGACAAUGGUUGACCAACUGUUGGCCAACAGUUGACCAUGAACAAGCAGCCAACCAACCAUUGGCCAGGGGCUGACUAGUGGUUCACCAGUGGUUGACCAGUUUGUUGCCAGCGGUUGACCUACAGUUGACCAACAG